AUGAUGCGGUACGGAACCUCCCGGGCCUCCUCCCGGCGCCUCAUCGCUCCAACUCGCGCGCCUAAGCUCGAAGCCUCCGGAAGGCGCGGCCGUCAGCAACUGCGCAUGUCUGUGGCUCGAGGCCCCGCCCCGCGCCCACGGGCGCCGCCAUGUUGGGGUCCUCGCGCCGGACACGUAGGCGUCCGCGUAAGAUGCCGGCCGGCGCGCGCUGCUGCCGCCAAGAUGGCGUCCAUGCGGGAGAGCGACACGGGCCUGUGGCUGCACAACAAGCUGGGCGCCACGGACGAGUUGUGGGCGCCGCCCAGCAUCGCGUCCCUGCUCACCGCGGCGGUCAUCGAUAACAUCCGCCUCUGCUUCCACCGCCUCUCAUCGGCUGUGAAACUCAAGCUGCUGCUCGGGACGCUGCAUCUUCCGCGCCGCACGGUGGACGAGAUGAAGGGCGCGCUGAUGGAUAUUAUCCAACUGGCUACCCUGGACUCAGAUCCCUGGGUCCUCAUGGUUGCUGACAUUCUGAAAUCCUUUCCUGACAUGGGCUCACUGAAUCUAGACCUCGAGGAGCAGAACCCCAAUGUUCAAGACAUCUUAGGAGAACUUAGAGAAAAAGUGGGCGAGUGCGAGGCAUCUGCCAUGCUGCCACUGGAGUGCCAGUACCUGAACAAGAAUGCCCUGACCACCCUUGCUGGACCCCUCACCCCACCGGUGAAGCAUUUUCAGCUGAAGCGGAAACCCAAGAGCGCCACUCUGAGGGCGGAGCUGCUGCAGAAGUCCACCGAGACAGCCCAGCAGCUGAAGAGAAGUGCCGGGGUGCCAUUCCAUGCCAAGGGCCGGGGGCUGCUCCGCAAGAUGGACACUACAAGUAAGACUGUGCCUGCUGUCAGGCCAGUGCUGUUCUUGCUUGCCUUGCGGGUGGUGUGCCUUUUCCUCACCAGAAAACCACUCAGAC